GGCCGACCUGACGAAGUCUGUCGCAGUCGACGAUAGGGUAUUGCGGCGAACCCAUCCGGAGCGUGCCGCACGGUACGCUCACGAACGUGCUCGUCGGCACGAUGAAUGACGUGCGCAUACGUCGCCGUUGUUCGUACGGACCGGAGGGGCCGAUUACGUAAAAUCGUCGAUAAGACGGUACACGACUUCGUGCCAGCAAGAAUGCGAACCGGAGCGAGCGGCGGGCACGCUAUAUAGUUAAUUUCAUAACGGUUGCGUGUACGGUUGCCCACGUGCUGAGACGUAGUGUCACAUAUGACUGGGUUGGAGCAGUACCGUGCGAACCACGUGCGCGGCCGGAACGCUGACUGCGCGACAGUUAUCGCGCUACUCUCGUAUUUUUCUGACUUAUCAAUCAAUGAUUUUGACGGGGGGGCCAGCGAUAUCAGUGAAAAAAGAAUAAUAAUAGUGCCGAAAGAAACCGAACCUCAGUCAGAAUUUUUCGAGCGGAAUUUUUCGAUCGGACACGCAAACGCGCAAACUUUUUUGUACCUGAAACGGAAUUUCGAUGAUGCUGAUGUUCCCGUUAAUUAAAAAAACUUACUCUAUGCAAAUAAAAGAAUGCCAUAAAGAGGAGCGAUAAAUAAUUAAAAAUUAUAUUAUCAGAUAAAUAACAGCAGUCAUAUUUACUCUUUGCGAUAUCUCUCAAUAGUGAUCCCGUAAAGCUAGAUCUCCAUUUUUUAACAUCCGAGUUGCAACAUCUAAUUAUCGUAAGUGUUACCGCAACAUCUUGUCGCGUUCUUACUUAUUACUUCUAUCUACUUGAUAUGAUUAAAUAACUCUUGUUUGACGCACGAAUCAACAUGCCAAUCCAUUCGAGUAUCUAAAUAAAAGAAAAUAAUGUUACAAAAGCCCAUAAAAACAAUAACAGCUUUAAAAUGGCAAUGAAGAAAAAAGGGCUUAGUUCAUCAUUUCUUAGUUUAUCACGUAUUCUCCGUUUAUCACAUGUACAUAAUAGACACCGGAAGCGCGAAACAUGUAGUAGCGCUUAGAUUUCCAACGAAUUUGUGAUACUGUAUUUCAGCCAAUUAUAUUUUUAUUCUUGUUAUCGUAUUAUUAUAUACUUUAAAAUGCGAAUAAUAACAAAAUACCAAAGCGUAUAUUAAUAUUUAAUUUCAUUGACAAUUCUCUAUCAACAAAAUGUACAACGAUUAAUUAAUAUGUAAAAUGUAUAUCCAUUAAUGGCACAAUUUUACGCAAAUUAUUACGUAAUUAAUAAUCACAAAGAAUACAAAUGAUUACGAAGAUAUAAAAUUUUCAAAUAAUACUCCUUGAUCUCUGAAUUUCCCUGAUAAAACGGCUUAAAGUCAAUUUAAUGUUGGUACACGCAGAUAAAGUAUCCUAUCAGCUUGUUACUAGCUCAGCGAAUUUCGUGCACGUUAUACCGUUGUAAUUCGCAAGGUAUGCAGAGACCUGGCUAUCAUAUAAAUAUGCUGAACAUAUGAGACAGUUGACAACAAGAAUCGAAGAAGGUUACAUCGAAGUUCUUUCAAUUAAAAAAAAUGGAGAAACCGGAAGCGACUACUAGCGGUAUCAAAACCAAUGAGGCGACACCACGGAUGAACUUUUCUCCUGGAAGAAAUAAAGUGUUGAGAAAAUACUUCGGAUGGUUAAAACAUGUAUCAGUAGAGCCGACUAUGUGGCUCUUCCUGAUGGCGUUUAUGUUCACGUCAGUUGUCGAGCAAGACUUUUUUAGAUAUAAAGCGUGUCGAGUAGACCACGGAUAUUCUGAAGAAACGUGUAUACAUCUGAACGACAAUGAUAAUAAAGACAUAAAGACUAAAGUACAGAUGACCGUCUCGGAAUUUCAUCAAUGGAACGACAUUGCCGGGCACGUAAUACCUAUUAUCUUAGCGAUGUUCUACGGCAACUGGAGCGAUCGGCGAGGACGUAAAUUGCCGCUCGUUCUCGGCCUGAUCGGCAAAUUGGUUUACUCAUUUAUGAUCGUGAUCAAUUCUUUGAUGGACACUUGGAAUCUGAACAUGGUAGUGUACACGGCGACCCUGCCGAUGAGCAUACUGGGCGGCGAGGUCGCAAUCUUCGGCAGUUGUUUCGCAUACAUAUCCGAUGUAAGCUCUGUGCAACAGAGAACUAUGAGAAUCACAAUCUUGGAUGUCGUUUACCUCAGUACCAUACCCUCGGGAGUUGCACUUGGUUCCUACGUGUUUGCUCAUCUGGUCAACAUGUCCUAUGCGAUUAUGUUUGCUGUAAACGCGACUUUGCUCUUGCUGGCGAUUGUGUAUUCGCUCGUGUGGCUCAAAUGGCAAACGUCACCGCGGCAGCAGCCGCUUUCGGGCGCCAACUGGCUGCUGGACUUCUUCGACAGAAGACAUGUCGUCACGACAAUGCGGACGUUGGUGAAGUCGAGGCGCAAUCACGGCAAAUUGCACCUGUGGUUACUUCUACUCGCGAUGUGCCUUUACACAUUCCAGAGAGACGAGAAACCCAAGAGCCAGAUGUAUACCUCGCUAAUUUUUAAUUGGAACGUGACGGACUUUAGCAACUUUAAAACGUUCCAAUCAACUCUCUUCGUACUAGCAAUGCUAAUUGGAGUGCCUAUCAUGAGUAAAUUAAUAGGAAUGAAGGACACUUUCAUCGUAGCGGUUGGAGCAAUAGCGCACGCAGCUGGAAGAAUAGUAUUUAUUUUAGCAAACCGGCCGGAAUUAUUUUACGUCGGUGCUGCUGUUGCUGCUUUAGGUCCCGUAGUAGCUCCGAUACUCAGAUCUAUGACCUCGAAACUUGUGCCUGUGGAGGAGCGAGGAAAGGUAUUUGCGAUGCUUUCCGUGUGCGAUAACGCGGUUCCAUUACUUAGCGGCACUUUGUAUUCCCAACUUUACAAUGCCACGAUCAAGACAGCACCGAAUUCUUUUUAUUGGUUGACAUUCGCUACGCAGAUUGCCGUGCUUCUACUAAUUCAAUUAAUCAACUUUACAUCGUGGUCUAAGCAUGCGACUGAGCAAGAGGAUUACAUUGAUGAUGAGGCUGUGGCUCCAUCUCUUCCAAAUACUGAAGCUAGCUCGUCGAGUAACGUAACAACUUAAUCUUACACAAAAACAUGUGAUAAGAUUAUCACUGCCUUAUAUACGUAAUACCCCAAAGGUCAUAUCUCAACUGACUUUCAUUUUAUCACAAAAAAUGUCUAUAAGUACAUAAUACAUUUACAACUUAGUAUUCAUGAAAUUCUACUUACAGAAUGAGUUCAAACUUAUCGACAUACUUUUAAGAAUUGAUUAUAGUUGAUAUCUCAGGGAAAAUAAUAAUUAUAAUUUCGUUAAUCUUGCGAUAAAAUAAUUUUAUAAAAUAGAUAUAGAUAUUCGCGCGUAAGAAGAUUUUAUGAAUAUUUUAAGUACUUGUUGUAUUAUAAGUAGAUUCAGGAAAUAAUAUCAUAAAGAUACUUUAUAAUGAAUAUGCACGGAAUAAAAUAUCUACAUUAUUGUUCAGAUGUUAGUAUAUAUUUUUUUAUGUAAAAUAUUAUAUUUAAAGUAUUCCUCUUAAAAUUGAUUGCAAAAUCAUAAAAUAAAUUUGAAAUAAGAAACUAGAUUGAGAAAUUGCAAGAAAUGCCAUUUGUAAUACAAUAUUGACAUAACAUUUAUACACUGUUACACAGAUAUGUAUAUAUUAUUAGAUUUUAUUAUAUACUCUCUCAAGAUUAGAUUAUAUUUUUAUACUGCAUUAUUUUGUGCGGAUACAUUUAUAUUUAUAUUCUUCUUUAUGUUAGACGUAAUUGUUCUAAACUAGUUUUGCAAAAACAUUUGCGUUAUUAUAAUUGUUGGGUAAACGAUAGAUAUACUUUUUUUUUUAUCAAUUAUUUAUUCAUCAAAAUUGGAAAAACACGUUUUACGAAGAAUUGAUUAUUUGCCGCAAGUUAUGACGACAAUGUGUUUUUCCAUUAAAUACGCAUGUAACGUAAUUUUACUAAUAAUUAGAUGAUUCAUAAUCGAUCGCGAUUAAAAGUCACGUACGAAAAAUUCAUUAACAUAACGAUGACUUAUAUGUAGAAAUUAGCAUUAAAGAUUAAUCUCUAAUCAUGUUUAUAGAUCAGGACAUGCAUUUUAAACAAUAGUUAGUGUAAUAGUAUUAAGAUUUUUUCCAAUGUGUUAUUUUGCAUAUGUAGGAUAUUUCCUAAUGUUUAAAAAAGUUAUAAAAUAAAUUAAAAAGAAUUUUUUUUACAAAUAAUAUAUUGAAAAUUACUUUUUAUCGCAAUUUUUAAUUAUUAAAUAUUAAAUAUUUUUUUAGGCCACUAUCUUAUACAUUGAGAUAGCCGAAUUAAAAUUUAUUUCUAUUUAAAUUUUAACAAUGUUUCUCGCCAUUAAUCUACUAAAAAGUUUGUUUCAUCGCAAAUCUUUUUAUUUCAAAUUUUAUAUAUAAAUCACCUUUUAUCCUAAAACCUCUUAUAAAACUUUUUCGUCAAAAUGAAGUUGUCUCCAAUUUCAAGGUUGGUUAUUAAAGUACAUAACAACACGCUAGUGAGACUGGUUUUCGGGAUUGUGAUUUGCAUUUAUACAAUGUUUAAAAUGAUAUCUAGGAAAACUACUAUACUCAUUAGUAUUCAAUGUAGUACAGGCUACAUACAUGUCAAGGACUGUUGGCUAAUUGUCAUCGUUUAGAAUUUUCGGUUCAAAGAAUUAUAUGUUCUCCGCGAACUGAAUUCUACAAAUACGUAAGUGCCAAGGAGAAUAAAGUAUUAAAAAGCACAUUCUAUCAAGCAAUCAUUGAUUCUUUGAUAAGAGCAUUUUUUAUGGGCCAAUAUUAGUAACACAAUAAUUUAUUUAGCUUAUUGCGAAAAAAAAGAACAAAAAAGAGAACUCGGCCUUGAAUAAUCAACUUGAUGAAACUAUCAGUUAUCUAUAUUAAAUUAGCGUAUCGGUUUGUUCAAAUAUACUUAGAUCGAUAAGAUUAUUUUCUUUUCAAGUUCACGAAAAUCAUCGCACACUUGUAUUUUGAUAAAUGUCAUAUUAGAAACAUUAAAUAUAUAUUUUAUACUUUUUAUAACAAUGUAA